AUGGAGGGAACUCGUGUUGAGAUCGGGCAGCACUCACAGUGGGUGUCUCUUACUUCCCUGCAUACUGUGCGUGGGGUGUGGCAAAAGAACGCAGGAGUGGACGAAGUGAUCGCGGGAGCCCCUCCUGCCAUCAAGGGCCAAGUGUUGUCAAUGGAGACGCUGACAGAGGCGAGCCUGCGCUUAUCACCGUGGAAAGGAGACGACGAGGAGCUUGCAGGUGGGGGUGAUGAGCUUUCCACCAGAAGCAACACAGCAGCGAGUCUUUUCAACAGCCGUCAAGAAGAAGCAUUGACCGACAGGGAUAACGAAAGGACGGUACACGGGGAGAUAGGGAAAGAAGAGCGCCAUCAGUCACGUACGCCCGGUGGAGGGUCUGAUGCAGUUACCGGUGGAACGGAUGUAUUACGUCAGGCGGCCGAAUCUUCCGCUAUGGGACGGCUGACUGAUGGAGCGACGCCGGCUGCUCCGAGCGUUAGAGAAAUCUGUGACCGAAUUCAGCGCAGAGUCGUGACAACGAACGUUGCAGCAAAAACAGAAAGCGGGGACACAACUGAGCGACAAACAGCCCAUGGAUCCUUGCCUCCGUAUCUACCAGAUGGAUGGGACGAUUUUCGUGAUGCCCAGCAGUUUGGGGACUCGGCGAGCCCGCUUGAUUUCGGACGCCAACGCGGCUGCACACAGGACCCAAAUCGUGACCGCGAAUGCUUCAACUGCUCGCGGCCGCCAGUAGCGGAGGGAGCUGAACAGGCUGGCGAUGCAGAGAAUACUGCUGUUAUACAGUGCGAAAGAGGGGAGGAGCCAGUAGCAUGUCGACUGGUGACGCCGUGGCACUGGGCUCCACAAAGCCCGCUCCUCUUCCAGAACUACGAGGCGGGGAUGACACAGAAGCACCUGGACCCCGUUGAGGGGGUGGAGUCAGGUACCAGAGAUCGCGGCGACAACAGAAGGGAGAUGCCUCAACCGGGGCAGAUGACAAAUGGACGAUCAACAGGAGGAACUGCUGCCGGAGAGAACGGGCUUGAAAACGCAGCUGCCCAUGACACCUGUUGCAGUGCUCGUCCAGAAGGGGAACUGUUGGUGACAGUGCAGGGCCCGGCAAACGCAGAAGAUUCCUGUCGGCAGGAUGGUGGCCUAGGACGCGAUCUGGACGUGCGUUCAGAAGGAAGGAGGCUAUCGCUGAUGAAGACGUCGUGGCCUGCAGCGCCUCCGCCGAGUGGAUCGCCUGGCUGCGGAGCAGGCGACAUCCCCGCGGGUAGCCCACGCGAAACGUCUCUCCAAUUCGGAAACGACCGUACUGAAACAAGGCUAGCUCUUCCACCCCUAACUUGUGACGCGGAACGGGUGACUGGGAAGUCGCAGCUGACACCAACGGCGCACGAAUCAAACGCAAGAAUCCUCACAGCUGCUCUCUCGCCCUCCUUUUCGUCAGCGGCCGUCCACAGAGCAGGCCUCCCUUCCUUGAUCACACCAACAGAUCUCGGCUUUCCUCGCGCUGCCGCGGGGCAGCCUUCAAAAACCACUGAUGACAAUUGCAUGACUGCGCAGUGGCGUCCUCUGCCUGUUUUCUCAACCGCCGACACAAGUGCACAGCCAGAACCGUCCUCUAUAGAGUCGAGGAAUUCCUUGUUGCAACGGAAGUGCGCAGCGGGAGGAGACGCAUCAACUCAAAAUGAGGACGGCUGUAGGGAGACACAGGAAGCCCGAUCGUCAUCAGUAUCAUCUGCGGGAAUGACAGGGUACACGAGCACUGCGGCGUCUUCAGUCGUGUCAGGCGACAUUCUUUCUUCGGUAGCAGCGUCUGUCCACGCGGAUACUUGUGGAGUGGGCGUUGAUCUUCGUGAGGAGGUCCAGGGCGGUGCGGCACCUCGGUAUGUCCUCUUAUUUCCCGAUGAAGAAGAGGAGAGACUCGGACGCGCGAGAAGGGCAUUUUCCAUUCCACCAGGACAUAGUGAAGUCGCCUACGCGGAACAGUAUGGCGGGCAUGUGGAUACGGCGCUUCAUGGGGAGAGAGGAUUAGCGACGUCGGCGAUGUCUGACAGAAUGCAGCCUGGCCACGCGUGUCGUCAAGUGCAGCUUGAAGGCAUGCAUGGCGACAGACGCGGCUCGCGGGCGGGCUCUGACUCAUACGGACCGUUGCUGGACACAGGCUUUUUGCCUGACCACGCUUUUGCCGCACUUCGCCCAUCAAGUGGCGGCUUGACAGACGACCGCGGGUACUGCGGAAACAGUGCUUUCAGUGCACCCCCAACGGAGCAGGGCUGCCAUGAGGUCUACUUGUGGGCAGGGUCACUUAGGCAGCGCGAAGAAGAGGCUACUGAAGCAUUUCUUUCCGUAGGGGCUGACUCACGAGGGCAGAGCACCUUCAUGCAAACAGGCGAGAGACAAACAGCUGGGUCGGCCGAAAACAUCGACGGCGCUUCUGCGUACUCCACAAAGACGUCCGGCAUUCAGCAGAACGUUCCGAUUCUAGCGAUCCGGGAGAAUGGUGGAAAAGUGUCCCCUCCGCUCCCUCAAGCCCCGCGCGGGGGCAAACAGCGGGUUUAUCAAAAUCACUUACGGAAAAGCGGCGUGCCGGCGUGGAGUGCCGAGGAGGAUGCGAAGCUAGCGGAGUUGGUCGCCAGGAAGGGUUUCAAGUGGGCCCUCAUUUCUUCACAACUUACGGAUGCUUUUUGCAUCUCGAGGACUGGGAAGCAGUGCCGGGAACGCUGGUUCAAUCAUGUGAAUCCAGAGGUAAAAAAGGGCGACUGGUCAACGGAGGAGGACGCAACGAUUCUGGCGUUACAAAAUGAGCUGGGGAAUCGGUGGGCGACUAUUGCAAAGAAGCUUCCCGGUCGCACUGAGAACGCGGUUAAGAACCGGUUCAUCUCUCUCAGCAAUGCCCGCUUGGGCUAUGGCCGUCCAAAGCGAGAAGCGCUGGAUGCGGAUGGAGCAGGUAAUAGACGAAGCAGCAGAGGGAGGUCGCAGACCAUCCCAGUCAUGUCCCUGCUGUGCGAAGCUUCAUACUCGGGCCCGGCGGCGGCCACGGAUUCAUCCAAGCCACGUAAAGGAGUGCGUGUCAGUACGGCCAGCGACUCUUGUGAAUCGCCUGCACUGGAGUCCCUGGCAAAUGGACCAAUGCAAAACAACGGCUCCACAUCGAGUUGUUGCCCUCCUGAGCGAGGCGGUGCCACAGCAAAAGGCGGGUGGACUGGCCCGUGGCGUGAGUCUCAAGUGCCAAACGGCAGCGGAUAUGUUGACGAAGUGCGAGACCAUGUGCUCACUCAUAUGAGUGCUGAGGGCAAUGGUGAGCAGCAGUCAUCAUCCGGCACCAACACAGCAGAAACAGAUAUUCCACGCCAGCUUGCCUGCACAGGGUGCCCUCAGGGGGGCCCUAAAGAAUCGCACUUUUUCCCUAGGGCCCUCGCCGCCGACCACAUACAGAGAGAUUUCGUUUCACCAGGCUGUUGCGUGGCGCUGCUGAAGGAGAGAAACAGUCCACACCGAGGCGACUUGCAAUGCCGGGCAACCUUCAGCGGGUUUUCGUUUGAAUGCGGAGGCCCCUCUCCUGGCUGUGAAGGCGGAAGCCUCAACGAACAUGAGGGGAAAAGAGGCCGCAAAAGGUGCGCAACUAUUUUCGAGAGGGAUGGGCAUGGAAGCGGGUCUGAGACAGUCGACCCAGGACGAAGGGGAGAUAAUGCAAGGAAGCUACGUGCAGCCGAAGGUGUCGGGAAUAAGCUUGAGGGCGCCUGCGUGACUGUUUUUGUGAGCGAGCGAGACAGCGAGCCGCUUUCGCAGCCUGAGCAUGACUAUCAAGCAAAAAUGCCUGAAUGUGAAGCCGAGGGCGGAUGCGACCAUGUAGAAUGUGCGGAACAUCAAUGCUCCCGACAUUUCCAAUGUUCUGCUGGUGCAUUCGUCCAAGUCUGUGUUGGCGGCAGUGAACCCGAACGGGAGGCUGCAUGUGACUCGUUCUGGUUCACGGAACAGUCGCUACCCUUCCAAGGUGCAAAUUGUGUAUGUCCAGGGGCAAGACUCCAUUGGCCUGUCACACUCCAAAGCGAGAGAGAAAUUCUGACGAACGGCCGUCGCGCCCCGGCAUGCCAGUGUACUUUUCCAGCUUGCCCUCAAAUGAGACAACUUCAGUGCAACGGGUUUCCCAGCCAGGCACUACUCCGCAGCAUGUACGCCGCACAAAAGGACACAGCGCCUCCAAUUUCAAAGACAGGUCCUGCAAAGAAAGGAUCCAGCGCUGGUGGUGUCUCUGGAACGUUGGUAUCUCAUUGUUAUCAAUUUUGGUCUUCUGGCAUGUCUGAGACUUCCCCUGGCAGGAGCCCAUCAGAGACGCCGGCAAUGGCACAAACUGGAUUGCGGUCCUCACCGGUUGAGCAAGUUAAUGAGUGCCAGUCGUACUGUCGCAGUCAAGAAUUGCUACGCGAAGGUGCGGGCCAAGCAGCGGUGCUGUCCUCGCCACGACAGGACCUCAGGUGUGAAAAUGGUGAAGUUGUCCCUCGUGUAGCCUUUCCUUCAACAGGAACCUCUGAGGGUCUCGGGCAGCCACCGCCGGUUAGAAGGCUGGCAGAGGUGGAUGAGGAUGCACAGGCACAGAGGUGUUGCGGUGCCGACAACACAUAUUUGACGGCGAACAACCAUCGUGGAUUGCCGAUUGCCGAAUGCUUCUCUGAAUGUGACGGGGAAAGCGGCGCGCCCGUUGGAUUGCACAGCACGCUGACAGAAACACAUUUCAGUGCACAGGCACAACGGAGAGCUGGUGCAAGGAAUGACAGUCGGGGCUGUAAGCAAGGACCGGCCGAUCAAGGCCUGCGAUCAUUUGAAUCCGGCUGUGAUACCAGUUCGGGCAGCACAGGCACUUCAGACGGGUACGCAAGUAUGCUGACGUUUUGUUCAGGCGAAGCCUCAGAAGGGACGGUCGAUAAUGCCGCAUCUUGCUGUUCACCCACGAGGGAGAAAAGCUUAACAAAGCACGUGGACGUCCCAGAAAAACCCGACGGGGUGUAUACACGUGGGGGGACGGGAGAGCAGGCGCUACUACCGAACCUCGGGUUUGCUGACGCUGGACCUUCUGGUGCAGUUUUUCUUUCAUCCGAGAAAAACGACGCUGAGAAGAGACUCGACAGUCUUCCACGCAGGGACGACAAACGCCAGUCGUCACUUGUGACGAGCGCCUUGGACAUUCCGUUUUAUCCACACAAACGUGGAGUGGUGGAUUCGUCCCUCUAUCACAGCGGUGCGGUAGGACAAGGCCCUGUCCCUCUUAUGAGCCCUCUAGGAUGUGGAGGCAGCGUGUCUCGGUACGCUGAGAGAGCCGAUGUCGUAGUGCGGCUUGGUGAUGGACAUAGCAUCGGGGCUUCUUGCACGACGGAUAACGCAGUCUUUCAGCUCUCCGAAGCGCGACAGACCGCCUCAUUUUGUGCUCACCAGUCCGAUGGCGAUCUUGCCCAUACGGGGCGUCGAUCCGGACCUAGCGCCGUAGGGAUCGCCGAGCGAGAACACGACUACCCUACUAAUGGCUUUGCAAAUUGUCAAGGCGUUGCUUGCACGCAACAGAGGCAAAGCACUAACGACUCUCCGCACACCGGCGCGCAGGCGGCAGUGUCUGCAAUUGAUUGGCCCAGAAGUGUCGGGUUGGCUGAACAGUUUAGUAUCCGGACAACUUCGUGUGAACAUCCUGCUAGAUGGAAUGAAGAGCAGUCCGCGGACCCCACCGGCUCAGAGCGAAUUCCUGUCGCGUCACCUGAGGCGAGUAGAGACGCCGGGGUCAGCCGGUCCGGUGAAUGGAAGCAAACUUCCUCUGCAGACAUCGGCCGUAAUCCAAACACAGUCGACCAGUGUUCGAGGUCACCGUCGGGCACGACGAUGGACCACGAAACAGGAGGGACUGUGUCAGUGGAACCCAUUCAGAUCGACCAGGUGUCAGGAGGAGACGCGUGUAAAUGUGCCUCCGACUGCCACCCUGGAAAAGGCAGAGUUGACCCUGAUGGUUCUCUGGCGAAUUCACAGCAAAACCUGCAUCCAUCCGUGGGUUCGACGUCUCCCGGUAUCAGAAUCGUGGAUGUUCGCGAUGUGGACAAGGCCGGAGAAUUUGGUCCAGAUGACGGCUUCUGCGUAGGAGAGGGGCGAGAAGACCGAUGCUCGACAGUAGCACCCAUUAGGCGGGCUAUGGCGCUGUCUGUGAUUCCCUCGCAUGCCAGUCGCGAUAACCGUUCGGCGGCUUUGACGUCUGUUUCUCCUCGUGACGAGUGUGGUUCUCCGAUUCGUAGGAAAUGCUCCCCGUCCGAAGCGGGAAAUUGUGCGCCGUCUCAUCCACCACCUGCGGUAUCGUGUCCACCUGCACUUGCUGAUAUGCCGCUGGAGCACCCUGCACUAGAACGGACUAUGCAUUCAGUGGCAUUAAUAGGCGUGUAUGGCCUCCAAGGGUUGUCAGCCGAUGAAGACGCUUCCGUUCAAGGCAGCCAGAAAGAGUACCCUGGAGAUGAGCGUGACUCGUUCCAUUGUGGUGCAGCACGGAUAUGGCACGAAGGGACACGAACGUGGCCGAAAGAAACCGGAGCAGACGGCUUCUUGUAUGAUAGGGAGAUGGUCGCAAGGGAGCGUAAGUCGAGGAUUGACACUACGUCUCCAAACAGGAAUUUUCAGCCGAGAAACAACCAGUAUGUGCAGGGCGUGCAGGGGCAUCAGGAGGUGAGGUCGAACUCUAUAUGCGCAGACUCCACGAACUCAGUGGAAAUACAGUCCUUCGAAGAAUUGCAAGAACGAGACAGACCAAAAGAAUCUCCACUGCGAGGUGAGCUGGCAGCAACACCUAGUCAGGAGACACAUCUCGGCAUCGGCCGGGAGACGUGGGGGAGAGCUGCCCACUUAAGAAAGCUCUCAGGAGUGUCGAUGCCUUCUGUACAGCAGGGCGAGCAGGCGUCUGAGGGUGAGAGAGACCUACAGGGUCACGAAGGCGAUGAGAGAGCUUUGGCACUGGACGAUGCGAAUCCAUGCUUUUUUCCAAAAGUAUCCGUUGGUGUAUCAGAGGGCGGACAAGGGCAGGACGUACCCGAAUGUUUCUACCAGCGACAAGUAGCGGCCGGCACAUGUGCGGGGAGAGCUUUGUCAGCGGAAGAAACCCUCGGCUUCGAAAGGCUGGGCCCCCCCUUACAGUUGUUGCUGGUUGACGGAGACACUCCAUUCGAUGCCGCUGAGAAGACGCCGUCUUAA